CCCCGAAGUUGGCAGCCAUAUUUGUUUCUCUCUAAUGCAUUAGUAAAAUUCCCCUCAGUAUUAUACAAUAAUAUCUGGCUUCUGGUUGUCCAAAACUAUACAGUUUUAUAGAUGAAGGCCUCACCAACAUGCCAAAAGAAAAAUAUGAGUCGCCAAACCCUCGUAGGACACACACAAUCAUGUCAAUGGAAGACGUUGUAGCAGGAAAAAAGUCCCAGUGGUAUGAGCUAGAAAUUACAGGGACCAUUCGUAAUCUCAGCCCACAGUUAUGGCAGCUAGAGCACCUGACAUCUCUGUACCUGAAUGACAACAACCUGACACGACUCCCAGCAGACAUCUGCAGGCUACAGAACUUAGUCUACCUGGACCUGUCAGCCAACAAGCUACGGAGUCUACCUGCUGAGUUGGGGGACAUGAUAACACUCAGGGAACUGCUGUUGAAUAACAAUUAUCUAAGAUCACUCCCCUACGAGUUAGGGAAACUAUUCCAGUUGCAAACCCUAGGUCUAAAAGGGAACCCCCUCAGUCCAGAUAUUCUUAAUCUGUAUAAUGAGGCCAAUGGAACACAUAAGUUACUCGCAUAUAUGCUGGAUAAUUUACAUUGUGAGUACAGGUCGGACACCUUGCAUUGUGAGUACACAGUGGUUUGGUUUUCAGAUGGAUCUUGUUACAACCAGGCUUUCAAGAUUUGGGUGAUUUAAUCUCACCCCACCCCC